AAUAAUCAAAUAUAGUUCUGUUCUUGGUCUUUUGGUUCCAUGUAUUGAAAUUCAUGAUAUGGGUUUUGCUUGUUUUCCUUUCUUCUCUCUUUAGUAUGUGUGUUUGAGUUGAAAAAUCGUUAAAGAGAGAGAGAGAAAAAUCUUCAGAUCAUUUGUUCUUCUUCUGGGUCUCUCUCUAUAUCUCUCUCUUUCUAAAAGUCUAAACCCCGAAAAGAAAAAAAUUCUCAUAAUCUCAAAACCAAGAUGAGGAUCCGAAAACGACAGGUGCCGUUUCCACUGUCUUCCCUCUCGCCGGUGCCCAUCUCAGAUCCCCUCCUCAGCCUCAACCGGCCACCACCGGUUCCGGUUCCGGUGGUGGUGCAACUCCACCCCACGGUCGCCCCUCGAAACGACGCCGUAAACCCAAAUGAAAAUCCUCCUCAGCCGUCUGAUCAUCUUGCUGAUCAUCAUCCCCAGCCGAUCGGGAAAGGAAGCGCCAUGAUCAACGGCUGGGAAGAGGAGAAGAUGAAGAAGGAGAAAAAGGAAGAAGAAGAUCGUUUGGAGUUGUUGCAAGAGGAAGAUAAGAAAGAGGAAGAUGGAGAGAAGGGUAAUCAUAUCAGCAAGGAAAACAUCUUGGGUGCAAAAACCGUUUCUGGGUUUCUUCUGGAAUCAAGUACCAAUUCCUCUCAAGUGUUGGGAAGAUGGAGCGAAGGAGAGAGAGCGUUUCCGCCGAAGAAGAGAAGAGGGAUGGGCUUCGAAAGACCGGAUAUUAUCCAUCUCAACAGCUCGAAAGCGGUCAACAAAACAAAGACCAAUUCGAGCAACAAGAAAUCAUGGUGUAGCACUAGCACUUCUCGGAAAAACGACGACGACGAGGACAACGACGUCGAUCUCGAUCAUGAUCAAGAGAAAAAAGAACAUAGUACUACUACUAGUACUAAUAAGGAAACAAAAAUGGUCAGCAACAAGAAUAAGUCGAGAGGCGGUGCACUAAUGGAAGGUUCGAGGUGCAGCCGUGUGAACGGCAGAGGGUGGCGGUGUUGCCAGCAGACCCUCGUCGGGUACUCCCUUUGCGAGCAUCAUUUAGGGAAGGGGCGGCUGCGGAGCAUGACGAGCGUCCGCAGCCGGUCCCUGGCUGCUAAAUCAAGUGCUCCUCCGCCACCGCCGCAGGCGCUGCCGAAGCGGGAUGAUGUUAAUCUUGACGACAAAGCUGUUAUAAACAAGGUGGGAGAUGCUGAUGAUCAAGGUGUGGCAGAAAACGAAGACUUCAAAGGAAAUGAUCGCAAUGGAGAGGAGAUAAAAAAUAAUAACAAGAAAAGGAUGAAGCUUGGGAUGGUUAAAGCCCGGUCGAUCAGUAGCUUGUUGGGACAAAUCAACGGUGCAAUUCCAAUGGCGGAUUUUAGCAAAUGAUGAGAAGAUCAAUGGAGGAUAACUUUGAACGUGAAUGUAAACACUGGUGCAACUUCUCUAUAUCGAGUCUACAUGUGUGUGUGUGUGUGUGUGUGUUGCGUAUGAUACUUUGAUAAGUAUGAUUAUAUGCGUUUGAUAAAAUGACGUGUUUACCGUCAUUUUCUUGCUUAAUUUGUUUUGUUUAGGUCGAUUAUUUCCUGUGUUUGUAGUAGUGCUUUUGUUUAAUUGUGAGUGGUGUG